AUGAGCUUCCCUGAUGUUUUCCUGAGCUUUCCAAUACUGGGCAGCCAACUGGGCAGCCAACUGGACAGCCAACUAGGCAGCCAACUGGGCAGCCAACUGGGCAGCCAACUGGGCAGCCAACUGGACAGCCAACUAGACAGCCAACUGGACAGCCAACUGAACAGCCAACUGGACAGCCAACUGGGCAGCCAACUGGGCAGCCAACAACUGGGCAGCCAACUGGGCAGCCAACUGGGCAGCCAACUGAACAGCCAACUGGACAGCCAACUGGGCAGCCAACUGGGCAGCCAACUGGGCAGACAACUGAACAGCCAACUGGACAGCCAACUGGGCAGCCAACUGGACAGCCAAUUGGACAGCCAACCGGACAGCAAACCGGACAGCAAACCGGGCAGCCAACCGGACAGCCAACCGUACAGCAAACCGGGCAGCCAACCGGGCAGCCAACUGGACAGCCAACUGGACAGCCAACCGGGCAGCCAACCGGACAGCCAACCGGACAGCCAACCGGGCAGCCAACUGGACAGCCAACCGGACAGCCAACUGGGCAGCCAACUGGACAGCCAACUGGAUGUUAUGAAACUCUGUCCUCGGCUGAUGACUAAGAGCCUAUCCCUGGAGCCUGGUGCUCACGGUGCAUGCCUCGGGGCCCACGACGACGACUCAGACACCCAGACAGAGACCCCUCGCCUAAGCUCAGACCCCGGCCCUCAAACCUCCGGGCCACUGGGUCUGCAACCCCCCGAGACCCUGCUGCACCCCGCUGGACACGGCUGUAACAGAGGAGACAAUGAGAGUGGAACUCCUCAAGAAGUGCCCUCCACCGCCCUCAAGACACGCCCUCCCUUACCUGGGCCUAAACCACAAGUGCCCCCAAAGCCUCCUCACCUGCAGCAGGGUGCUGGUGCUGCUAGGCCACGCCCCCGCGCUCCGGACAAGCCCCUCCCUCUGCCUCCACCCUGUAGACCUCUACCUGCAGACCCCAGAGGGGGAGGGGCCAGCCAACCCCCAACACUCCCUCGCGUUGAGGGAAGCUCCUCCCCCACCGCAUGCGUGCUCUCCCUCAUCGAGAAGUUUGAGAGGGAGAAGAUCAUUGUGGUGCCUGAUAUCACGGGAGGGGGUCUCUGCACCCCCUGGGUCCUCGAGACGGGACCAGGAGGGGACCUCUUCUCUCCCCCAGCCUCAGAGCUUCCUCUGGGCUGUCUCCCCGUGGUCUGGCCCCCUGGUUCCUCUCAAGACCUUCAAGAGCUCCAUCUACCUCAGGGGCUGGCUGUGCUGGUUAAUGUGUUGCCGGGGGAGACGGAGGUACCAGAGGACGACAAUGAUAAUGAACUAGGCACGUUGUGCUCUAUCUCUGACAAGCGUCUGUCCAUGGAGUCUGGCUACAGCGCCUCGGAGAGACUCACAGACACCAUGGAGAUGAGGGAGCAGGUGGGGUCAGAAUCAGAGAGACAAUCAGAGAUCCCCUCUGACCACUUGCCCCUCCUCCAGCCGCAGACGGACGGCAAGCUGGCCAAUCGGGACUCUGGCAUCGACAGCAUCAGCUCUCCGUCCCACAGUGAGGAGCUGUGUUUCGCCGGCGACGAGGACCGGGUCAUCUACCACUGUAGUCCCGCCCCCACGCUGCCACGCCUCUCUAGCUCCUCCUCCUCCGGCUAUGCCGAGGGUCCGGGGGGAGAGGGGGCGUCGGCUGAGGGGGGGAGAGAUUCGGAGGGGGACAGUGACUUGGAGGAGGGGAGUGGGGACGAGACAAUUGAACUGAUUAACCCCAUGAUGGACCUGCUGCCUUUGGCCCUGCCUAAAACAGACAGGCAGGACUCUACAGAGCUGUCUGUGCAGCAGCGUGUGUUCAACAUAGCCAAUGAGCUCCUCCACACAGAGAAGGCCUACGUGUCUCGUCUGUACCUCCUGGACCAGGUGUUCUGCUCCUCCCUCCUGGAGGAGGCCCGCUCCCGCGCCUCCUUCCCUCUAGACGUGGUCACGGGCAUCUUCUCCAACAUCUGCUCUAUAUACUGUUUCCACCAGCAGUUCCUGCUCCCCGCCCUGGAGAAACGCAUGGCGGAGUGGGAUUUGAACCCGCGCAUCGGGGACAUCCUGCAGAAGCUAGCCCCCUUCCUGAAGAUGUACGGAGAGUACGUGAAGAACUUUGACCGGGCCAUGGAGCUGGUCAACACCUGGAUGGAGAGGUCGUCCCAGUUCAAAGCCAUCGUCCACCACAUCCAGAGAGAGGAGCGCUGUGGUAACCUGACCCUACAGCACCACAUGUUGGAGCCGGUUCAGAGGAUCCCUCGCUACGAGCUGCUGCUGAAGGACUACCUGCACCGUCUCCCUGGCGACCAUGACGACUUUAAACAUGCACAGAAAUCUCUGGAGUUGAUCGCCACAGCUGCAGAGCACUCCAACACAGCUAUCAGAAAGAUGGAGCGUAUGCGUAAACUGCUGAAGGUGUAUGAGUUGCUGGGAGGAGAGGAGGACAUCGUUAACCCUACUAACGAACUCAUCAAGGAGGGACACAUCCUCAAACUGUCGGCCAAGAACGGCACCUCACAGGACAGAUACCUCAUCCUGUUCAAUGAUAGGUUAUUGUACUGCGUCCCUAAACUGAGGCUGAUUGGUCAGAAGUUUGGGGUGAGAGCCAGGAUCAACGUGGAUGGGAUGGAGCUGAAGGAGAGCAGCAGUGUUAACGUGCCCAGGACCUUCCUGGUGUCUGGAAAACAACGAUCACUAGAACUACAGGCCAGGACUGAAGAAGAGAAGAAGGACUGGAUCCAGGCUAUCCAGGCCACCAUUCAGAGACAUGAACAAACGGUAGCCACGUUCCACCAUCUCAACUGCUCUCUCCGAGAUGAGGACUACACUCCUCCCAACUCACCUAACUGUAAUGAGCUGGGGAAGCGUGCCCCCACUCCGAUCCGUGAGAAGGAGGUGACUCUGUGUAUGAAGUGCCAGGAGCCGUUCAACUCCAUCACCAAGAGACGUCACCACUGCAAAGCCUGUGGACACGUGGUGUGUGGAAAGUGUUCAGAGUUCAGGGCCCGUCUACUCUACGACAACAACAGGGCUAACAGGGUGUGUAUCGACUGCUACACCACCCUAGUGGGGGUCCCCCCCUCCCCCGCCAGCCUGACCUGCAGCAUAAACAGACGACGGUCAAUACUAGAGAAACAGGCGUCGGUGGCUGCAGAGAACAGUGUGAUGUGUAGCUUCCUCCACCACAUGGAGAAGGGAGCAGGCAGAGGCUGGCAGAAAGCCUGGUUUGUCAUCCCAGAGAAUGAACCACUAGUCCUGUACAUAUACGGUGCUCCUCAGGAUGUGAAAGCCCAGCGCUCUGUACCCCUGAUUGGCUUCGAGGUCUCCCUUCCUGAUUCAUGUGACCGUCUGGAACGCCGCUUUGCCUUCAAAAUCAGCCAAUCCCACCUUACGCUCUACUUCAGUGCCGAUGGGGAGGAGCUACAGCGCCGCUGGAUAGAGGUCCUAUCACGCGCAGGGAGAGGGGAGGAGCUACAGGCUCACGGUUCAAUUACAGAGGCCCUAGAGGAGGAAGGGGAGGAGACUGCAACCUCGGGAGAGAAUACAUGA